AUGAUGAUCAAGUCCACCCUGGCCGCUGCCGCCGCCCUUGCCCUGACCGCCUGCGCCACCGGCCCCGCGCCCAUGAUGUAUUCGCAAGCCAUGCUGCCCGCUUCGGUGCAGGUGCCCAUGGGCCACAAAGUGGUCAUGGAAACCGUCGGUGCCGGCGACAUCACCUACGAAUGCCGCGCCAAGGCCAACAUGGCUGGCCAGUUCGAAUGGGUGUUCGUCGGCCCCGACGCCAAGCUGAUGGACCGCGCCGGCAAACAAGUGGGCACCUACUACGGCCCACCCGCCACCUGGCAGAGCAACGACGGCUCCAAGUUCACCGGCACACAAGUGGCCGUGGCCCCGGCCGGCGCCGGCGCCAUCCCGCUGCAACUCGUGAAAGCCAACCCCGCCAUGGGCAUGGGCGCCAUGACCGGCGUGACCUAUGUGCAGCGUGUGGCCACCGUGGGCGGUGUUGCACCGGCCAUGGCGUGCGGUGCUUCCAACAUGGGCAGCAAGCAGAUCGUGAAGUACCAGGCCGACUACAUCUUCUACAAGGCUGUGUGA